UGGAAUCUUAGAAGUGGGGUCCAGAGAGGUGGCCUGCGCGUGGGUGUUGAUGCCUGCGUUCUCCAGGUUCUAACCACGUUAUUGUGCGACUCAGCCAUGUUCCCUGCUGGUCAUGCGUGGCCCAAAGUCCGAGUCCUGCAGGUGCUGUGGGCCCUGCUGGCAGUGCUGCUGGCGUCACGGAGGCUGUGGGCUCUCAAGGAUUUCCAGGGAUGCACCUGGCAUGUUGUCCUGAACGAGUUUAACAUGGUAGGCGAGGAUGGCGUGGAAAACCGCUUCUUUAAGCAACAGCCCAUGGACACAGUGAGCAAGGUGUUUCAGACGCUAGUGGAUUCACCCGUCGACAUGAACGAGAUAUACAUGGGCUUCCCUUACUACCUGAAGAUCAACUACCUCUGCAACCAAAAGCUCUCUCAGGACCUGGUGCGCAUGGGCCACCUGACAGGGCUAAAGCCCCUGGUGCUGGUCACCUUCCAGUCCCCAGUCAAUUUUUACCGCUGGAAGAUAGAGCAGCUGCAGAUCCAGAUGGAGGCUGCCCCCUUCCGCAGCAAAGUUUCAGAGGAAUGCAUGGCAGAGGAAGUGUGUAGCAUGAGCUGGUACACACCCAUGCCCAUCAAGAAUGGCAGCGUGAUCAUGCACGUGGACAUCAGCAGCAAUGGCCUGGGGACCUUCAUUCAAGAUAAAGGCUUCCACGUGAACAUCAACGGCUUCCUGAAGCUAGACGAAGAUAACAACAUCGUGUACGCUGUGGGGGAGGAGCUCUACAGCCUGACACCUGAGCACUUUGUGGGUAUCUCAUCGAGGCCCCUGUGGUACACUGUGGACCAGGCACCUGUGCUUAUCCUGGGUGGCAUUCCCAAUGAGAAGUAUGUCCUGAUGACUGACACCAGCUUCGAGGAACACUCGUUAGUGGAGCUCAGCAUUGACAGUUGCUGGGUGGGCUCCGUCUACUGCCCCCAUUCUGGCUUCACCGCCACCAUCUAUGACACCAUUGCCACCGAGAGCACCCUCUUCAUUCGGCAGAACCAGCUGGUCUACUACUUUACAGGCACCUAUACCACGCUUCACGAGAGCAACCGCGGCAGUGGCAGCUGGGUUCGUGUCCUGGCCAGCGAGUGCAUCAAGAAGCUGUGCCCUGCGCAUUUCCCUGCCAAUGGCUCUGAGUAUGUAAUGGCCCUUACCAUGGGCAAGAAUGAGGGUUUUCUACACUUCGGGACCAUCACAGAUGGCCAGGUGUCCUUUGAGAUGCUGCCCAAGCACUGGUCUGUGUGCCAGCAGAUAGCAGAUAACACCUGUAGCAUAAUUUGGUCCGAAUACAUUGCGGGCGAACAGACCGUACUGCUGCUGGUGGAGACUGGAUCUAUUGAAGGCAGUAAAAUUUACAUGGUGAUCAGCUACAACAGAGCUACCGAUGAAAUGACCGUUGUUUCCGAAGUCCCAGAAUUUGUUCCUGACGCUCGAGGUUUGCAGUUCCUGAUGAUCCUAGGGACAGAGACCUACACCAGCACCCGGAUGGUCUCCAAGGGCAUCUCCUUUAACCCAUACAACAACUUGAUCUUCAUCUGGGGCAACUUCCUUCUGCAGAGCUCUAACAAGGAAAACUUAAUCUACCUGGCAGACUUCCCCAAGGAACAGAUCAUCAAAUAUAUAGCCAGAUCGUUCCUUGGGAACAUGGCUAUAGUCACAGAGACAGAGGAGAUCUGGUACCUCAUGGAGGGCACCUACCGGGUGUACCAGCUGUUCCCGUCCAGGGGCUGGGAUGUGCACAUCAGCUUACAGUGGAUGCAGCAGUCCUCUCUCUAUGCAUCUAAUGAAACCAUGGUGACCCUUUUCUAUGAAAACAACAAACUGUAUCAGCUGGUGUACCUUAUGCACAAGAAUGAGGGCAAGCUGGUCAAGAGGCCCAUGCCCGUGGAGAAGCUUCUGAUGUAUCAACAGCACACCAACUACUAUGACUUGGAGAGGAAAGGGAACUACUCGAUGCUCUCCUUCACCAACCUCUGCCCCUUCUCGGUGAUGCGCCUGCGGAACCUGCCCAGACCACAGAGAUACACGCGCCAGGAGCGCUACCGGGCGCGGCCGCCGAGCAUCUUUGAGCGCUCGGGCUUCCACACCAAGAACUCGCUCGCCAUCUACCAGGGCCUGGUCUACCACCUGCUCUGGCUGCACACCAAAUACGACAAGCCGUACGCGGACCCGGUGCACGACCCCACCUGGCGCUGGUGGCAGAACAACAAACAAGACAAGGAUUACUACUUCUUCCUGGCGAGCAACUGGCAAAGCGCGGGCGGCGUGUACAUUGACAUGGACAGUUACGAAAAGAUCUAUAACCUCGAGCCCGAGUACCAGCUGCCGGAGCGCAUUUUUCUAGACAAGGGCACUGAGUACAGCUUCACCAUCUUCCUGUCGGCGCAAGGCCGCUCGUUCAGUGCGCAGGCAGAACUCGGCAGCGCCUUCCAACCGCACACCAGGGUGGACGUGGGCGUGGUGCUGGCCAACCCGGGCUGCAUCGAGGCCUUGGUGAAGCAAGAGAUCCUGAUUAAUCGCAACUCGGUGCUAUUUUUGAUUACACUCAAGGAUAAAAAGCUUUGCUAUGACCAAGGCAUUAGCGGACAUCACCUUAUGAAGACUUCCAUGAUGGUCAAUGUGGUGGGCUCAUCUGGGUUCUGCUUCCAGGACACGCACCUGGAGCCCCAUAUGCAAGGCAACCUGAUGGUGCCACUGCUCAUAGGCUGCCCCCCAGGCAAGCGCCUGGCCUUCGACAUCACCUACACGCUGGAAUACAGCCUCCGGCAGAACAAACACUACUUUGACUGCGUGCACGUGGACCCCGAGAUGCCCUGCUUUCUCUUCCGGGACAUUUUCUACCCCUUCUUCUUGAUUCAAGAUUUGGUGACAGGAGACUCCGGCAGUUUCCAGGGCAGCUACGUGCUGCUGGUGGUGGGUGGCGGGCCUACACUGGAAAGCAUCAGAGACUACAGCAAGGACGAAAUCUACCGUUUCAACAGCCCCCAGGACAAGACCAACAGCCUUAUCUGGACCACAAGGAUCUCAAGGACCACCAAAGACUCAGCCUUCCACAUCAUGUCCCACGAGAGCCCCGGCAUCGAGUGGCUGUGUCUGGAGAACUCCCCAUGCUAUGACAACGUUCCCAGAGGCAUCUUCUCCCCUGAAUUCUUCUUCAAGGUGUUGGUGAGCAAUAGAGGAGUGGACACAAGCACCUACUGCAACUACCAACUCACCUUCCUGGUGCACAUCCAUGGGCUGCCACUCAGUCCCAAGCGGGCCCUCUUCAUUUUCAUGGUGUCGACCAGCGUGUUUGUGGGCCUGGUGAUCUUCUAUAUCAUCUUCUGCCUCCUGUGGCCCCUCAUGGUGAAAGGCUGCACGACGCUCCGGUGGAAGAUAAAUGACAUCAUUGCCUCAGACUCCUACUACACCUACACCUCCAUUUCCGGAAUCUCCAGCAUGGCGUCUCUGAGACAGUCCAGGCAGGGCUCCAUUGUCAGCUCCAGGAUAGAAGAGGAUGGGGCUGAACCCAGGGAAGCCAUGGAGGGACAGUUGAUGGCCUUAGCCUCUCACCUGCCCCCGCCCCCAGCCACCAUCAUGCCUCCCCUACAAGACCCAUCUUGAAGAUGUGCCUGUCACCCAGCCCAGGCCUCUUUUUCUGUUUUGCUUGAUGUUUACUUCUCAUUCAGACUCAAAUAAAGCCUGACUUCAGGACCA